UAAAUUCUUGUUUAAAUUCAGUAUUGACACUCAAUAUAACUCAGUGACCACACACUUAUUGCGCACUAGGUGUUAGAAACAUAACAAAAUAACAUAAUUAAAUUGUGAUGCGUGCUAAAGUCAUUAACAACCACUAACACCCAUCAAAUAAUAAAAGUUUGAUGAAUCAUUGUCACUGUCACCGUAUUGAUCCUAGCAAUAAAAUGCAGAAUGCAGCCAUGCAUAUUUUAUAAACCCUAAUCGAAAUCUAAUAUUUUUUAGACCUGCCUCCAGUUUAUUGAAAACCUUAACAAACACAUCAUUUCCAACCAUAAUAGUACCUAUCCAUUGUGCGUAAUCUAAUGUUAUUAUUGUCCUCCUCGGUUUACAUGACAAUACCAGACCCAAACACAAUACCAACCGCACGCCUGCGCCACUCAUAUCCACGUUUGAUCAAUGUGUUCUGUAACACAGGUGAACCAUGAGAGUUAUCCUCAUCAACAAUAAGGGUAGAGUCGUGCAGGUGAUAGAGUGGAGUGCCUUCCGGGGCCACCGAACCCGAGCCAUCUCUACAAAUUCGGGAUCGGUAUGAUAUGGCUGGCUAGUCUUGUGGUUCUAGCAGCGACUGCAUUUUCCAAAACAGAAGAAAAGUUCCGAGCGGUGGAGGUCGACCAUACGUUUGCGUCACGUGCUUAUGGAACAGAGUUGCUACUGCUAGACAGCGACUAUCAACAACAAAAAUCCUACCGGUUUGAAGAUUUUUUCUGGACUGGAUCAGGUGAUGGAUCUACGGAUGUCGAAGGCGACUAUCCUUGGACCACAGAAAAGUCCGCUACAAUAUACAAGACCAAAACUAUUCUUUCGACUGUAUACGUGGAAACACCAUCGACGGCGCGCAACACGUCGAUCGAAAGUACCACCAAGUGUUCAUUCAACUGUGAAGCACCUUCGUUAACCACUGAAGAAAUAGUACCUACUCCGACCCUCUACCCCGACGAAUCAAGCACCGAUGACGAUUUUUUCGACGCUGAUCGUCAAUUCUGGCUACUAACAGUAUUGAAAAGUGAUGGCAAAGACCCUGUGAUUAUUGAUCUCAAGAAUAGUCUAGCUAAAUUGUACAAAACCGCUUUCCAAAGGCAACAAGAAAGACAUUUAGGCAUAACAAACAGAAGCAAAAGAGAAACCGACAUUAAAAAAAUGCCAGAGAAACCAGUUAAAGUGUACAUUCACAAUGUGGAGAAAACCAAACUAAACGGAGACGAAAAAAUCGCUGUUCUUUAUCACGUAUCCGUUUCAGGAAAACCCGUAGAUGCUGUUACAGCGGCCGAAGACAUGACGUUAAUCUCCGAUGACGAAGUUCGUAGCGAACUGGGAUACCCCUUUUUGAUAAAAGCCGAACCAUACCUUAAACCACCGACGACGCAAAGCUUAUCAAAGGCCAAAAACACGUGGAUUUUUAUUGGCGUUUCAAUUAUGGUUUUGUUAGCGAUUCUUCUCGUGGUGGCAUUUUUAACUCUCGCUUUGACUAAACGCAAAAAAAGCCCUUCGUCGACAGGAAUCGACAACAGGAGGCAGAUCUUCGAACGAAGUGUUCAGGGUGAAGACAAUCGCGCUUUUGUUCAUCACGAAAAACAAUCCGAACAGAAGGAUCAAUCUCCUACUUAUAUUAAUUUUAGAAAUCAACCCUCAAAUCAAACCAUACGUAGUGGCAUUUCCGGGAAUAGACCGCAGAGUUCUAUUAGUUCCACUUCAUCCAGUUCUACCAGUCUAGAUAUAUCGCCGCUAAUGGGGUUGAAAAAACAACGAACGCCGCCGAAGAAGCCGCCACGACCCAAAGCAGCGGUCAAUCUUAAGAGAAUAGCGCCUGAAAUCUUAGAUUCUGAUAGUAAUAGCAGCAAAAGAGAUUCUCCUGAUACUAUUUUUGCUGAAAAUUAUGAUCCAGGGGUGGUCAGCCCAAAGUCGUAUUUGUCGAUGCCGUCCGUUAAAGCCUUCCCCAGGGGAAGCAUGCCAGAACCACUAAAUAAAGUUCUGGAACCUGUAAGUGUACUUCAUUUGGACAUGCCGGAUGAUGCUGAUAAUGAUGCUCACUACGGGAAUUCGAGAUAUGCUUUAGCUAGACAUGGAAGUAUAGGGACUGUUGAAGAUCCUGGUGUGAUUGGGCCAGUGGUUUGGAAUAUGCAUUGCCAAAGGUUACAACAUGGUGUGAGUGUCGACGAAGGUAUCGACGACUUAAAAGUAGCUUCAAACGUAUCAAGAAUGCGAAAACGCUUCCACGACCUUCUUGACGACACGUUUAGUUUAUUUGGUAGCAGGCGCGAAAGCCCCGUUGAUAAUUCCAAACCACCACCUAUAGAAGUUAAAAGCCAUUCCGCCAUUAGUAACAGACCAAGUGAUGAAAUUCAACCGACAAUCCGUCCUAGACCAAAAACCACCGACCCUAGACGAGUUCUGCAGUCGCCCAACAACACCAAACCCAAAGGAGCGUGGGCCAGCACAGCUCCCUCACCUCUAAUUCGUCCCUUAAGCGCAGACAUAAGAACAAAACCGAUGAUUAACGUUGAGCAUGUUCUAGCUGAAGGGAAAUUUAAAGCCAACGAUCCAGCAGUGCCUCUAAUAGCGGCGAUUAAAAGUGAAAUAGAAAAGUGUUCUCUUCCAGGAAGCACUACUGAUUUGAGAAAGUAGAUUUUUAUAAUUGAUAGUUUAGCCUUGUUUCUGUUAUUAAUUUAUUUUAACAAUUGUUAUUAAUUUACUUAUUAACAUAAUUAAAAUAACAAUUUUAGAAGUAUUUAAAAAAUU